GUCAAAUCAAUGAAAAAUAAAAUAACUCUUAUUAUUGUACUUACUCUUAUGGAUUCUUUUUGAUUUAUUAUUAUUAUUAUUAUUAUUAUUAUUAUUAUUAUAGAAACCAAGCUUUUAUUAAGAAAGAAUACAAAGGGAAUAUGACAACAAUGCCCAACAAAGGUUUCAAAGCUCCAUUUUUGCUUUCAAAUCAAUUCCCAAAAAUGAAGGGCCACCACAACUGAAGACCUACCGUGAUAAAAUGGAAAAAAAAUGGGCUUCUAGAGGAUAGUUACAAAAAUCUUUAGACACAGAUGCCAAAAGAGAGGCAAUAAAUUUGGUCAGAGCCCUCAUCCUAUUUUUCUAAUUCCCUGAAAAUUCUCUCAUUCCUCUCUAGCCAAUAUUCUACUAAAUAGAAAACAAAGGCUUGCCAAAGAGUAUGACCCUUAUAACGAUAGGCCACAGGUGGCAUGAGAUUUUCUCCAACAUAAGAUGACAAUCUCUAUUGCGAACUAUACUCACACUCAAUGUUUCUAAAAAGGUGUCCAGACAAGCUAGCGAACUUCAAUCUACCAAGAAUGUAAUUGUAACCCAAAUCCUCUGAUGACUCCUUGCAAAUGAUGCACCACUAUGGCCCUAACAAGAGAGAGACUGCCCCUGAAUGCGGUCCAUAGUGUUGACUCUCUAAUGUAAGACUCUGAUGUAAGACUGGCUAGGAAAAAAAAUUGUAUUUAUUACAAUUAUCAUGGAACUAGAAUGAAAAAAGAUAUCAAUGGAUGUAUUAAUUGAUACAGAUUACAGAUACAUUAUUAAUCUCAAGUUUGCAUGAGAGCCAGGCAAGGAAGACGUUUAUUAAAUUGAAAAUUGGUGAAUUUGACCAUGAUUAAAAAUUACGGGUGGGGAAUCCUCUAUUUCUCCCUCGUGUUCUUCCUCCCCUUCCUUGGGAUUUUGACGUUUCUUGUUUGAUAGAGAAAUAACAAAUGUUAUGGAGCCUCUUUCGAGGCUUGGUGGAUCCGUGUUUACCUUUUCCAUAGGGAUUGUUGUAUUUGGACUCCUGACCCGUCCAAGGAGUUCUCUUAUAGUUCCUUUUUCUAUGUUUGAGAGAUUCCUCUCUUUCAAGUUGUCCCACUUUCUCCUCAUUGUGGAAAGUUCAAAUUCCGGAGAAGGCUAAAUUCUGUGGCUGGAGGGUCUUGCUUCUCGAGGUGAACUUUAUGGAUCAGGCUUUGAGACAUUCAUCCUUAGUUUUAGGUUCUCGGUGGUGCAGACUUUGUACGUGUGUCAUUUCCUUGGUGAUUGUCGGUUAGCUCACUCUAUCUGGGACAGAUAUUUUCAGCUAUUUGGUGUUAGCGUUAUGAGGAGCAAGGACUGCGGUCUGCAGUACUAUGAUGGAGGUGAUCCUCUUGGCUUUUGCAUCAGUCCUUUCAGGAUAAGGGGUGGAUUUUAUUGCAGGUUUGAUUAUCUGCCACCUUGUGGGGUUUGUGGCUUCAGAGGAAUAAUAAAGUGUUUAGGGAUGUUGAGAUUAUUUAGGGGGAGGAGCUUUGGUUCGAGGUUUAACACCUUUGUCUGGAUGUCGGUCUCCAAGGAUUUUGUAACUAUCUAUAAUAACUAAGAUGGCUGCAGCAAAUGGGGUGCGACGUAUUUGGGUUGGUCAAAAUGGGUUGCUUUCAACUCCUGCUGUGUCUGCUGUCAUACGUGAAAGAGUUGGGGUUGAUGGAUCCCGAGCAUCAGGAGCAUUUAUUUUGACUGCAAGUCACAAUCCAGGAGGUCCUAAUGAGGAUUUUGGGAUUAAAUACAACAUGGAAAAUGGUGGACCUGCACCUGAGGGAAUUACUGAUAAGAUCUAUGAAAACACAAAAUCAAUAAAGGAGUACCUAAUUUCUGAAGAUCUACCUAACGUGGAUGUUUCCACAAUAGGUGUUUCUAGCUUUAGCGGACCAGAAGGACAAUUUGAUGUUGAGGUUUUUGACUCAGCUAGUGACUAUGUGAAGUUGAUGAAGUCAAUAUUUGAUUUUGAAUCUAUCCACAAGCUUCUAUCCUCUCCCAAAUUCUCAUUCUGUUAUGAUGCUCUACAUGGUGUUGCUGGAGCUUAUGCAAAACGUAUUUUUGUGGAAGAGCUUGGUGCACAAGAAAGCUCAUUACUGAACUGCGUUCCUAAGGAGGACUUUGGAGGAGGCCAUCCUGACCCUAAUCUGACUUAUGCGAAGGAAUUGGUUGCUCGUAUGGGAUUGGGUAAAUCAAGCUCUGGAGAAGAACCUCCAGAAUUUGGUGCUGCUGCUGAUGGUGAUGCAGAUCGCAAUAUGGUUCUUGGUAAAAGGUUUUUUGUCACUCCUUCAGACUCUGUUGCCAUUAUUGCUGCUAAUGCUGUUGAAGCUAUUCCAUACUUCUCUGCUGGUUUGAAUGGUGUUGCCAGGAGCAUGCCAACGUCUGCUGCACUAGAUGUGGUUGCCAAAAACUUGAAGUUGAAGUUUUUUGAGGUUCCCACUGGCUGGAAAUUUUUUGGUAAUUUAAUGGAUGCAGGAAUGUGCUCCAUCUGUGGUGAAGAAAGUUUUGGAACUGGAUCUGACCAUAUUCGUGAGAAAGAUGGAAUUUGGGCAGUUUUGGCUUGGUUAUCUAUUCUUGCUUAUAAAAACAAGGCAAACCUUGAUGGUGGAAAGCUUGUGACAGUUGAAGAUAUAGUUCGCCAACAUUGGGCCACCUAUGGUCGUCAUUAUUAUACUAGAUACGAUUACGAGAAUGUUGAUGCUGGAGCAGCAAAGGAUUUGAUGGCAAAUCUGGUGAAGCUGCAAUCUUCACUUGCCGAAGUUAAUGGAAUUGUAAAGGGAAUCCGUUCAGAUGUGUCAAAAGUUGUCCAUGGUGAUGAAUUUGAGUAUAAAGAUCCAGUUGAUGGUUCCAUCUCCAAGCAUCAGGGUAUUCGAUAUUUGUUUGAGGAUGGUUCACGACUGGUCUUCCGCCUGUCUGGAACUGGCUCUGAAGGUGCAACAAUUCGGCUCUACAUCGAGCAAUAUGAGAAAGAUCCAUCAAAAACUGGGAGAGAUUCUCAGGAAGCUCUUGCUCCUCUGGUGGAAGUUGCUCUUAAGCUCUCAAAAAUGCAAGAAUUCACCGGCCGAUCCGCUCCAACCGUCAUUACAUAAAUGACUAUACACACCCAUGAUUUUGAAGAAAUAAUUGUUGCAAGCUUGCGGUGGCGCAAGAUAUAUUAAAACAUCAUUGUAAGUGCUUCCAGAGUGUUUGCUUGGCGGGAAAACUUUAGCCUACAUAAAUUUUUGGGUUUUGAUUGUGUUAAUAAUAAUCUUGAUGCUUCUUAUGAAGCUCGACUAGACUAAGUUAUAGAAUAUAAAUAUAUAUAAUUAAAUCAAUGUGGUUUUACCCAUUUUUGUUA